CCACAGAUUUAGUAGAGGUAAAGUAUAUAUCAUAAAGCUAAGACUAUAAACGCUUCCCUACAUCCCUAAUGUAAUGGGAAAGGCCUCUAAACUAUGAUAUUUUCACGGAUGUCGAAUCCACUGACAAAACAAGUGAUAAUACAUUUACCAGUUACCACAACACGGUAUGGUCGAAUGACUAUAGCCUGCACCAUGAUCGUAAAAAAAAAGCUUACGAAUUACGAUGUAAAUAAAUAAGUUACAAAAUAGUGGUUGUAACUUUUAUUAAAAUAUCGCAUAUUCACUAAGUUAAAACUCAUUUAAUUUUAUUAUGAUGAAUUUGAUACUAAUAUUAGUACAAGUAUCUAUAGUUGUUCCUGUUGUUUUUAUAUUCGCGAGAGGAUUAUACAUAAUUUAUUUCAUAUAUACUGAAUCAUGUGGUUUUAAUCAUUCAAAACAAUCCCUACGAACAAUAUUUUGCGUUGGAUCUGGCGGGCAUACAAGUGAGCUUCUGAAGCUAAUGUCGCAAAUGGAUAUGCAGAUAUAUACACCUCGUCUCUACAUUAUGGCAGAUACUGAUAACACCAGUGAAACAAAAAUACUUCAAUUUGAAAAUAAUAAUAACAAUUAUCAAAUAAGUAAAAUUCCACGAAGCAGAAAUGUCAAUCAGUCGUUUAAGUCUUCAUUUUUUAGUACUCUUUAUGCAAUCUUUGUAACAAUUCCAUUCAUAUAUAAGUUCAAUCCGAAUCUUAUAUUUUGUAAUGGCCCUGGUACAUGUGUUCCAAUCUGUAUAGUUGCAUUUAUCAUGAGAUGUCUGUUUUUAAUAGACUGUAGAAUUGUUUUUGUAGAAAGUGUUUGUCGUGUAAGAACAUUAUCACUAACUGGAAAUAUAUUGCAGUUCUUUGCAGAUGUAUUUGUAGUUCAAUGGCCACAAGUACAUAAAGUUUGUUUUAGAAGUAAAUACUAUGGUAGAUUAACAUAAUAAAGAUUUUCUUUUAUUCAUCUGAAAAAUAUGUUUGUUAACUAUAAAUCCAAGACCGUUCAUAUCUAACAUUUCAGUUUCUGUUUUAUUGAGCACAUGGAAACCCAGUAUCUAGGUAAUACAGUCAGGUCAUACAGAUUAAAUAUGUCCUUAUGCUAGACUGCUUUUCCAUGAACAAUCAGUUCUAAGGCAACACAUUUUUAUUGCAAAAAGCACUGACACAGCCAUAUCACAAUUUUUCAGUUCCUAUAGAGCGAAAGAAUUUUGUAGAAUGUAGUAUGGUAUAGUACCUGCAUAAAAUGGGAUAUUUAUGUGGGUAUGGGCUAUUACAAAAUACAAAGAAUUUUAUUUAAUAAAAUAAGUGUUAUAAAUAUA